AGACUUACUAGUCUCUCUUGCUUAAACACAAGUACAACUUCAAGUUCCCAAACUCAUCCUUUGGCUUAGAGUGAUACUUCUGCAGUUUCUUCAUGAAGCAAAGGCUUGUGCUCAGCUUUUCUGAAGCAUAUUACGAUGAUUACAAUAGCAGAUCUAAGGCCAUGAAGAUUGUUGGGGGUGCCAAUGGUGUGACGUUGGUGAAAUUAGAUGAGAAGGACGAGAGCAAGCUGGUGGUGAUAGGUGAGGAGAUGGAUGCCUAUGGGCUGCUCAACAUUUUGAAGAAGAAGAAUUUCAAAGCCCACAUGGAGAGUUUAGAGGAAAUAAGACACGAGACAAAAGAGAAUCAUGAGAAAUAUAAGAAAAAGGAGCAUCAUAAGAAAGAGGAGGAAAGGAAACAUGAGAAGGAUAAGAAGGAGAAGAAGAAGAAGGGGAAGGAUAAGAAGAAGCACGGGCACUCGGACUCCGACUCAGACUCAGACUCUGGCUCAAGCUCCAGCUCGGACUCAGAGAAGAAGAAGCGAGGACAUAAUCAUAAUCGGUCGAGCUCCAGCUCCAGCUCUGGCUCGGACUCAGAUAAGAAGAAGCGAGGACAUCAUCAUAAUCGGUCGAGCUCGAGCUCAAGCUCCAGCUCGGACUCGGACUCAGAUAAGAAGAAGGGAGAACAUCAUCGUAAUCGGACGACGACGACGUACAUUUACCGGCCGGAAUAUCCGCCGCAAAUUUACCCUGCUCCUGCAUCCUAUGACAACGCCUACAACUACAAGUAUCCCGGCGCCAGCCGCUACUCAGAGGGCUACAACCAAGACAAUUGCUCCAUUAUGUAAAAUAUAAGCUUGUUAUUAUGCAAGGCACUAGGCUUGCACGUUUCACAGUUAUGGGUAAUGUUUUUGCUUUUGAUAAAUGAAACAGUAUGUAACUUUUUUCUUUUUGUGUAUAAUUUUGGAUUUUCGCAAGCUGGUCUUAAUGUCAAUUUCCUUCAGUAGAAGGUCUUAUACUAGCCAGGUGUAGAGAGCUUUUACUGGCAUAACUUGUAUUUUGUUCGUGUUUGUAAACAAUUAAUACACGUAUAGCA